UGCGCCAGCUGAGAUUUUCCUUGCUAAAAAGAAUCUAGCGGCAUUUCUAUCACGUGCGAAGCGAAUUCAAUGUUAUGUAAACAAAACACUUCACUAUCGCAUCCCAUCGGAAGCGUAACAAGUCAAGUGAGGAGUGCAUUGAUUAUCGCCUAGGUGAUAAGAGGAAUCGAGUGGCAAUCUUGCUGGUGUUUUGUUUUUCCUGUGCCCCUAGCGAACGGUGACAAUACGGUGUGCCAAUACGAUGUCAAUUACCGAAAAGGACCUCUACCGGGACACUCCGGUGCGCUACCUAGGAUAUACGAACGAGAUCGGUGAAGCCUUCCGUCCCGUGAUCAAGAAGGUUUUCGUACACGCCAGCUACGCUGUUGCGAUAACGUACGUUCUCGCGGAUACGGCUGAUAAGUCGAAGAAGCAAUAUGACAAACCAGAAAUCCUUGGAGGUGGACUACGGGGAGCUGCCGUUGCAUCCGGUGACACACUUUUGUGGCAAAUGUUUGCAUCCGUUAUUAUUCCUGGAUUCACCAUCAACCGUAUCUGCUGGUUGUCCAAGGUCGCCUUGAAAGCGAACAAAGUUAAAGGUCCUGUUGCGAAGUGGGGACCAACGAUGCUCGGGCUACUCGCAAUUCCGUUCAUUAUCCAUCCGAUCGACCGUGCGGUUGACUAUGCGAUGGAUAACACCUAUCGGAAGUAUGUCAAAUAAUAGUGCUUCUGGUGAUGACGAUGUUUCGUUCGUUUUCCCUACGGUGCUCGAACACGAAUCGAUAUUAGCGCAAACAGCAGUAUGUUAGUUAGUUAAAUGUGGAAACACAAACGCACACGGAAACAACAAACACUCGACAGAUAGACAGUUCGGUCAAUAAUGGUAGCUUUAGGUCGCGACAGAGUCCUAUUUUUGUCACUAUGAACUUUGAGGCUAUACGAAUUGAAAAAAGGAUGUUAAAUUUACUGGUUAUAUUAUAUUGUCUAUAACGACUGCAAGGACACUUUACGUGCAAACGUUCUACUACAUUCAUACACUUUACUGUGAUAGGACAGUUCUCAUCGUUAACUGACUUGCUAUUGUUAGGGUGAAAGGAACAACUAGAACAGUGGUACGAAAAACGUGCUCAAAACUGGUGCUGAAGGGAUGCCUUUACAAGCCAAAUACAAUAAAACUUGCUACCACAAAAGCUUGCC